UUCACAAAAUUUAAAAUAUUGCUCGAUAUUGCCCGAUAAAUUAAUGAUCGAUUGAAUUAAUCGAAGUCGAAGUUGAAGUCGUCAAUUUGUGUUUUCUCUGUAUUCGUCGAGAGGGUGUUGCUGCAGCUUCGUCGAAUCUUUCAAGUUCACGCGACGACCGCGUAUCCGGCAUAUCGCGAUUGAUUGUCGGUGCUAGGAUUUGACGGUUCGGGGUUCGUCGGGGACAGCCGGGAGAAUCGCCUGCAACCGGGAUCUGGGAUCAAGUGGGGUUUACAUGAUCAUCGUCUGAAACACGUGUUGUCUCGUGUUCUCGCAACCUUACGGACUCUCGCACGUCAUCCUCGAUCUAGCGAUCUCCUCGUCGCAAUUCUGGUAGAGCCGUCCGCGUACGGCUGACGAUUCCCGGUCGAAGGAAUGACCUCCUCGAGUGGCAGUAGUCCACUACCGAAAUGGCAACUCGCCCUGGUGGUCGGGGCGCCGGUUGCUCUCGGCCUCGGUUACAUGUACUACAGGAAUAGGAGCAGCAGUGCCAAGGUAGACAAGCCAGAACGUGACAGGUUCAGGAGUGGCACGGCAACCAGAGAGAACGGCGUGCCCGCCGACAAGCAGAUCUCCAUCGAUGGCGAUUGUAAAGUGCCUUCUCCCGCGGUCGAGGCAGAGACCCCUUUACAAAAGGCACAAAAGUAUAAGAAUGAAGGAAAUGUGCAUUUCAAAGCAGGAAAAUACGAUGAAGCUAUCACUCGAUAUAAUAAAGCAAUUAAUAUUUGUCCAAAGGAGAAAGUAGAAGAUCUGGCAACUUUUUAUCAAAAUAGGGCAGCUGCGUAUGAACAAUUGAAAAAAUAUAGUGCUGUAAAGGCAGACUGUACAAAAGCACUAGAACUAAAUCCAAAAUAUGCAAAAGCUUUGUUACGUCGAGCACGUGCUCUGAAGGAAAUAGGAGAAUUGGAAGCUGCCUUAGAGGAUAUAACUAUUGCAUGUAUUUUUGAAAACUUUACUAAUCAGACUUCCCUUUCAAUGGCAGACAAAAUCUUGGAAAAACUUGGGAAACAACACGCCCAGGAAAAUUUGGCAAACAAAGACUUUAUAAUGCCAAGUAAGCAUUUCAUCAAAACUUAUAUUUUGUCUUUUCCUAAUGAUCCAGUGUUCACAAGACUUCAACAUCCAGAAAAUAUCCCAGAAUUUUUCAAGAAACCAUUACAAGCGUUAAAAGAUGUUGAAUAUGAUAAUAUAAUACCGUUGUGCACAGAAGUCAUAAAAAGAUCUGACUUCGAAAUGUUACCUUCGUCUAAAAUUGAGGUGUUAUUAUUACGGGCUACUUUUUACUUACUCUUGGGCAAGCACAAUGCCGCGUUGCAAGAUUUCGAAAGUAUAUUGAACAGCGAAAAUGCAUCCGACGAUGUGAAAAUAAAUUCUUUGAUAAAAAGAGCAGCCUUACACAUGCAACUUGAGGAUGCGGAAAAGACUUUCAAAGACUUUGAUAUGGCUAUUAGUAUGGAUCCAAGCUAUAGCGAUAUUUAUCAUCAUAGAGGACAGGUAAAUUUGCUCAUGAACAGAAUAGACGAAGCUAAACGCGAUUUUGAAAAGGCUGUUGAAUACAAUCCAAACUUUGGUAUAGCAUACGUGCAAAAGUGUUACACGGAUUAUCAUUUUGCGAUGUUUAACAGGGAUCAGGGAUUAGCUGAAGCAGCUUUAAAAGACUUUGAAAGAGCUUUUGAAAAAUACCCAAAUCCUCCUGAAUGCACAUAUUCUUAUAUAAUGUAUGCUCAGAUGAUGUGCGAAAGUCAAGAGUAUCAAAAGGCUGAUACUUAUUUUGCUAAAGCAAUAGAGAAAGAUCCAGAGAACGCGACUGUCUAUGUACAUAGAGGUUUAUUGCAAUUGCAGUGGAACGGUAAUGUUGAUAAAACUGUGGAAUACAUUAACAAAGCGAUAGAAUUGGAUGAAAAAUGUGAACUUGCAUAUGAAUCUUUAGGAAGUAUCGAAGUGCAAAGGGGAAACAUAGAGGAAGCAAUAAGAUUAUUUGACAAGGCUUUAAUGUUAUGUCGUACAUUCAUGGAACUAACACACAUAUACAGCUUGAGAGAUGCUGCAAAAACACAACUUAAUAUAAAAAAUCGAUUGGGUAUGGAUGUCAUUCGGCCUGCCCGGUUCAUGCCGAAUACCAAUAUGUUCUAAAUUUCUAAAAAAUUAAAAAUAAAAGACCAUUGUUACUAAACUGCAAGUCAAUCAUUAUGUUAGCACAUCAAUUUUUACAUAACACGAUAUCAUACAUAAGUAUGUAUCGAAAACUGAAGCAUGCUGAUAAUUUGCAUUAUUGGAAGAUUAAGUUUAUAACGACACUUUGUUUCCAACUGCAUUUUAUUUACACAAAAAAUUAACGAUAUAUAGUAAUUAUGAAAGUAUUUGUUAGCAAUUGUAGUUUACAUAUUUAGAAUUGCUCAAUUUUUAUUUUAAAAAUUUUGUGUUUGCACAAAUGUUAAAACUUGUUAUAUCAUUUAAAUAAUUUUGUGAUUAUAAUUUACUAAUCUUUGAAUUUUUUAAGAAAUAUUUAUCAAUAUCAUUUUUAUUUAGAACACUUUAUAUGUUGAAAACAGCCAAUUGUUGACAAUUUAUAUGAAAUUAACUUUUUAUGCAAUUUUUGUAUAGAAAACUUGUACAGAAGCUAUUUUAUGAUUAUUCCGUAGUUGAUGAUGUGUGCAGAAAAUCAUGUAUUAAUUAAAUAAAUAUUUGUAAUA